UGAAGUCAAACCCCUCACACCUGAGAGAGCUGGACCUGAGCUACAAUCACCCAGGAGACUCAGGAGUCAGACUGCUCUCUGCUGGACUUGAGGAUCCACACUGCAGACUGGAGAAACUCAAGUAUGUAGAGGGUUUAUGUCAAUAUUCAUAUCAGACAUGUUUGACUUAUCAGGCUAGUUAAGACAAACAUUCUUACCACCGCUUGGACAAAGUAUGUGUGUGUGUGUGUGUGUGUGUGAGUUCAGGUGUAUCCCUCAUGACUGUCUGUUCUUCUGCUUACCGCUACAGUGUGGAACAUGGUGGAGAGAACACAAUGAAACCUGGACUUAGAAAAUAUGUCUGUGAUCUCACACUGGACAUAAACACAGUAAACAGACUCCUCUCUCUGUCUGAGGAGAACAGAAAGGUGACAUGUAGGAGAGAGGAGCAGCCGUAUCCUGAUCACCCAGAGAGAUUUGAGGACUGUAGACAGGUGCUGUGUAGAGAGGGUCUGACUGGGCGCUGUUACUGGGAGGUAGAGUGGAGUGGGAGAAGGGCUGAUAUAGGAGUGACAUAUAAAGGAAUCAACAGGAGAGGAAUGGUUGAGGACUGUGGUCUUGGAUACAAUGACACGUCCUGGAGUCUGGACUGCUCGGACUACAGUUAUAUUGCCUGUCACAAUAAUAAUGACACUACCAUAGACGUCCCCUCCUCCAGCUACCACAGAGUAGGAGUGUAUCUGGACUGGCCAGCCGGCACUCUGUCCUUCUAUAGAGCCUCCUCUGACACACUGACCCACCUCCACACAUUCACCUCCACGUUCACUGAGCCCCUCUAUCCAGGGUUUAGGGUUCAUGAUGACACCUCAGUGUCCCUGUGUCAGGUGGUCUCUGUGUCAAACACAUGAUGUUUCACUCUAAUCAGGGUCAUGUUCAGUAAGACACUCUGGAGCAACAAUGUAGAAUAUCUUUCUAGUGUGUAAACAUAUGAUUGUAAAUAUUCAUGAAUAAACACCAUUGAAGUUGACAGACAUUGUCAACUAGAGUCAUUCAUCAAUAUAAUGAAUCCGUUGUUAAAACGGGUUUAAUUUACAAAUCAAACUUGUUCGUUUUUACCCCUUUUUCUCCCCAAUUUCAUGGUUUCCAAUUGGUAGUUAUAGUCUCAUCACUGCAACUCCCAUACGGACCAGACACCUAGGUAUUUGUAUUUGUCCAAAUAUUCUAACUCAGAACUAUCCAGAGUAGUGAUGUUGGACAGGCGGGCAGCGAUCGGUUGAAGAGCAUGCAUUUGGUUUUACUUGCAUUUAAGAGCAGUUGGAGGCCACGGAAG